AUGGCAGCCACAGCCCCAGAUCCCGAGUCCAAAGUAGCGGACAUCAGAGUCGAGCCACGCGCAAGUGUGGCGGAUUCUCCCACCUUGUCCAUUUCGGAGGACGAUAGGGAGGCGUUCUUGAGCUUCUUCACCGCAGAGGAAGACCGCAAGAUCAUGCGGAAAGUGGACAAGCGGUUCCUCCUCCUGAUCGGUCUCAUGUACAUGCUCAAGAAUGUCGACUACACCAACGCUGCGACUGUCAAGGUCCUCCAAGUCGGUGAAUCGCGCAAUGUUCUCAAAGAGUUGAACAUGACGGCGAACCAGUACAACUGGGUGCAAUCCAUCUACUUUAUCUCGUAUAUCAUCUUCGAAGUUCCAAGCAAUCUGGUGCUUAAGAAGAUGACUCCCCGUAAAUGGCAGUCUCGAAUCAUCGCAUCUUGGGGUUUGGUUCUGGCAUGCCACGCCGCCGUUCAGAACAGACAGGGUCUUUAUGCUGCUCGCUUCUUUCUAGGCAUGAUGGAGGCCGGAUUGUUCCCGGGGCUUGCUGCACAGAUGUGUAGCUGGUAUCGCAGCGACGAGAUGGGCAAGCCAAUCAUGUGGAUGUUUGGCUUCCAGAACUGUUCAGGCAUCGUAGGCUCGCUGGUCGCCUAUGGAAUCUCGUACAUGAACGGCCUUGGCGGCCUGAGCGCCUGGCGAUGGGUCUACCUCCUCGAAGGCCUGUUCACCAUCCUCUUCGCCGGCAUCGUUUUCCUCGUUCUUCCAGACUAUCCAAAAUCGCCACGUUCCGCCAAAUGGCUCACCCCCCGAGAGCAAGAAUACCUCGAACUUCGGCUUACAGACAACGCGCCCCGCACCCACGAUGCAGCCUUCGACAAGACCGAAGUCCUGGCCUCGCUGAAGAAUCCGCGCACCUACGCCUUCUGCCUGUCCCAGAUCUUGAUGAACCUAGGCGGCUACGGCCUCCAGUGGCAGCUCCCCACCGUGACAACAAGCCUGGGCUUCGCGGGCCUUCCCCGAAACCAGCUGCUCAACAUCCCUCCCGCAGCGGCGACGGUCCUGGCCAUCAUCUUCGCAGGAUGGUUCCUCAGCAGAGCAUAUGUCACGCGGCCCAAGUUCAUCAUGAUGAUCUGUGCUGGCGCCUUGGCCUUCUUCCUCGUCCUGUGCUUCAAUGUGAGCCGCUAUACCACGUACAUUGCCGUCAUCUUCGGCACGAUGUUCUACUCCGUGUAUUUCAUCCCGUUCUGGGCAUGGCGGUCCGCCAGUCUGAUAGGCUCCACCGGCACGGCCUUUACCCUGGCGUUCCAGUCGUCCAUCGGCCAGGUCGGGGGCGUCAUUGGCCCGCAGCUGUUCCAAGAGCGGUUCGCCCACAAUGGCUACAAAGUCUCGUUUGGCGUCUGCGCCGGCGCCAUCGGCGCGAGUUGGUUGGCCAACAUCUGGACGUGGUACCUGACGCAUGACAACGAGGAGGAUAUCAAACAUGUGAGGAGGUUGAGGACCAAGGCCAACAGAAGUGGCAGGGUGUGGGCGGGCGAGGACGUCAAGUACCAAUUGUGA